AUGCAAAGGGGAACUGAUAGGGUGAUAAUGAGACGAAAUAAACAACAUGAAUGGUCGACACCAGAUAUGAAAUCAUGUUUUAAUUGUGGAUAUACAACUCAUCUUAUAAGUGAAUCAGAUGCGAUACGUUCAAGACCAAAUGAAACAAGAUAUAAUAAUAAAGGGUCUCAAGGAAGAAGAAAUGAUGACGUUCGUAAUUAUGGUGAUCAUGAACAAGAAAUGUAUGAAUGGGAUAAAGGAGAAGAUAAUUUUGAAGAUGUACAAAGCUCAAAUACUAGGGCUUCCAUUCUCACUAGGCCUAGAAAUGUACAAAAUAGAAGUACUAAUAGCAUCCAUAGAGCUAGUAAGAUAAUAAUGAGAUUCAAUUAA